AUGGCCCAUGGUUAUCAUGCCAGAAUAGUUAGACUUCGCCCAACUGAAUCUUUAGUCCUCUGGAACAUGGUGCAUAAACCACGAUUUAUUUCUGAGAUCGUACUCCAACGCUUCGAGGACUGCGCUAGCGAGAAUGCUAUUCUUGCUGACUGCUGGACGAGCGAUCGGGUCGUCAUCAUUGCCUGCGAGCCCACGGACGCAUACAAAACGGUAACUGUCUCCGUCUCGCCGGCUCUCCAGCUCGACAUCCUCUCCCCUGCCGCCAACCCUAUUUGGCCCUCCCUCUCCAACGCAUCGGAACCCGCGAGGCACUUCUGUAGGCGGAAUAUUCGGCAGCUGGAACGGCCCAAGUGCCAUGAUGACAGGGUGUACUGGCCACAGUUCUGGUGCUCAAACACUGGCGUGUACCAGACAUACAGCAUGUACGACGAAGACGCCAGGGCCAAGGCACAAGAGGUUUUUAACGACCUGGGUGCAGGGUAUGCUUCUGCUUGUGUUGCGAGCUGCUCCAUCAGCAAGACAAAGACGGUUUUGGACAUUUUCCGGGUCAGGCUUCCGGCGACAACGGUAUUUGUCGAUAUGAUCAAGGUUUUGGAGCAUCAGACAAGGAACCAUGAUAUUCCGCAAGAGUUAAGGAUGUAUACGAACGAGAACAUUUCGGUGCGAAAGCAGAGAUAUCAUGGGCGGCCUGGGGGGUAA